AUGCCCGGAAAUGAGAAACCUCUGGCAGCUAUCAUUGAAGGCAGGUGGUAUUCUGUCAGGAAAAAUGGCAGACCAACAAUGGAGCUAAUAAGAACUCAAAAUAAGAGGGUUCAGAGACAAUACUGCACAUUCCUCAAUAACAAGAGCAAUGCCCAGGUACUUCCAGAGACCAAUUCUGCCAGAAAAGGGAAAGAGCCAGAAAUCCUUCCCCAGACAGAACGAGCAAUCUCCCAGCCACAUAAGCUGAUGAAAGCAGAAUCUUCAGGGAAACCUUCUAUCCAUCCUGCCUCCACCUCACGAAAUCUACUUAAAACUCCACAACCAGAGGGAAAAUUCGAUCCUAUUCCAGUGAAAGGACAAGAAGACUGGACUGAGGAAUAUGAAGAGGAGCAGCUGGAUUAUGAGCCAUCUGCAGAUGACCAGAAUGCAUUCCUCAGAGUAGGAGAACAUGGAGAAUGGAUAGAGGAAUACGGAGAGGAGCAGAUGGAGUAUGACGGAGAAUUGGAUGCAGAAACUGAGGCCUUUGGUGCAGAAUUGGAAGACCUGUUACAAGGUGACCUAGGCAUCAACAUGGUGUUCAUUCUGUCAGAGAAGUUCUGGGCUGAAGAAGGACAUGAAAGCACUCUGGAGGGAGAUGUGUUUUCCCAGGAAAGUUUUGAAUGCAGGUUGGCAGAGGUAGAAGAGACGCCAGAACAGCAAGCAGGCAAUCCCAAGACAGAAGAAACUGACAACAAGCUGGCUGCAGACUAG